AGCUCCAACAGUUGUCUCCCAUUGUCAACAAUAUUUUUAUACGGGAGCUUACUGAUCAAAAGAACCCUUUAUAUUUCGUUAAACAUCUGUAAAACGAUCGGAGCAUUGGACCCAUUCUUACUGACAAUUACAAAAUAGAGAAAAUAACAAAAUGAAUGUGACUCUGGCUGUCAAGCAGUAUAUUUCCAAAAUGAUAGAGAGCAGCGGUCCGGGGAUGAAGGUGCUGCUUAUGGAUAAAGAGACGACCAGCAUAGUAAGUGUGGUCUACACACAAUCUGAGAUACUGCAGAAGGAAGUCUACCUUUUUGAGCGCAUUGACUCACAAAAUCGAGACAACAUGAAGCAUCUUAAGGCUAUCUGCUUUCUCCGGCCAACCAAGGAAAACGUAGAACACCUGAUUCAAGAGCUUCGCCGACCAAAGUAUAGUGUCUAUUUCAUCUAUUUCAGUAAUGUGAUCAGUAAGAGUGAAGUCAAGGCCUUGGCUGAGGCAGACGAACAAGAAGUAGUUGCAGAGGUGCAGGAGUUCUAUGGAGAUUUCAUUGCAGUAAACCCUCACCUUUUCUCCCUAAACAUUCAAGGAGUAUCCAGGGGUCGCAGGUGGGAGCCCAGUGUACUGCCUCGUGUUACUCAAGGUCUAACUUCAGUAUUGCUGGCUUUGAAGAAAUGCCCCAUGAUCCGCUACCAACUGUCUUCUGACAUGUCCAAAAGGAUGGCAGAGAGUGUCAAACAAAUCAUUACUAAGGAGUACGAGCUGUUUGACUUCAGAAAAACAGAAGUACCUCCUCUUCUCCUGAUUUUAGACAGAAGUGAUGAUGCCAUAACUCCUCUUCUCAACCAGUGGACAUAUCAGGCUAUGGUUCAUGAGCUACUGGGCCUCAAUAACAACCGCAUAGACCUGUCAAGAGUGCCUGGAAUCAGUAAAGACCUACGGGAGGUGGUCUUAUCUGCAGAAAAUGAUGAGUUUUAUGCAAAUAACUUGUACAUGAAUUUUGGUGAGAUUGGAACAAACAUCAAGAACUUGAUGGAGGAUUUCCAGAAGAAAAAGCCCAAGGACCAACAGAAAUUAGAAUCCAUAUCUGAUAUGAAGGCAUUUGUGGAUAACUACCCUCAGUUUAAGAAAAUGUCAGGCACAGUGUCGAAGCACGUGACCGUGGUUGGGGAGCUGUCUCGCCUGGUCAGUGAGAGACAACUCAUGGAGGUCUCAGAGGUGGAGCAGGAACUGGCCUGCCAGAAUGACCAUUCCAGUGUGCAGCAGAAUGUGAGACGGCUACUGCAGAACCCUCGACUGAAUGAAAUCGAUGCUGUGCGGCUUGUGAUGCUGUAUGCACUUCGCUAUGAGAAACACAGCAGCAGUAUCCUGCCCAGCCUUAUGGAGGAGCUCAACCGCAGAGGAGUGUCCGAGAGACACCGCAAGAUGGUACAGGCCGUGGUGGAAUAUGGGGGCAAACGAGUCAGAGGAAGUGACCUCAUCACUCCCACAGAUGCUGUGGCCAUUACCAAACAAUUUUUCAAAGGACUUAAGGGUGUUGAGAAUGUGUACACACAGCAUCAGCCUCUGCUACAUGACACACUGGAUCAGCUGAUCAAGGGUCGUUUGAAGGAUAGCCAGUUCCCCUACCUCGGGCCAAAUUCUCUGAGAGACAGACCUCAAGACAUUAUCGUCUUUAUAAUUGGUGGAGCCACUUAUGAGGAGGCAUUGACUGUUUAUAACCUGAACCGCACAAUGCCAGGGGUGCGCAUCGUACUCGGGGGCACGUCCAUUCUCAACACUAAGAGCUUCCUGGAGGAAGUGAUGCUCUCGGUAGGCUCUGCAGGUGACAGGACACAAGGAGCAAGCCGUCAUCCAAGUCGACGCUAAAGUAUUAUAAUCAUCACUCAUAUUUAUGUGUGCUUACUCAGUGCUGACUGUCUACUGAACCCUGAGCUGAGCACAUUGUUCCCUCUGUUUCUCACUCCUGACAUUCCUUUAAAACGUAUCACUUAAUUUUAGUCAAGAUAUUGUGUAAGCAGGGUGUUGCUGAUGAUGUGUGAAACUUUCUAAAUGUGCAUUAAUUUCAUUAUCAUGUGUAAAUAAUGUUGACAUGCAGUGUUGCUGCAUUUAGACAGAUGGAUCAUGCUUGGACAGAUGAUCACAUGAAUGCAUUAAGUGUCUGUAUAUAAAAAAGAAAAGUUAAAAUGCUGCUUUUGCUCUAUAUAUAACAUGGGCAACAAUGUUACUGUGAAAUGUGCUUUAAAGGUCCCUAUCAUUCCAUCACCCUGGAAAAUCAUUUUAAUCAGUUUGUUUAUAAACUGAGCAAAAUCAAGUCUUUAGCGCUUGAGUUUUGAAAAAUUCAAAGUGGUCCUCCAUAUUUUUAUGUAAGUAUUCACAUCGUUGUCCAGCUACAUGAAAUGACAUGCUACAAUUAUGCAGACAUGGAUAAAUGUGUUUUUAAAAAAGAUAAAAUAAUAUGUAAUAUUUAAUAAUGUGCUUUAUUUGUUCAUGAAUAAUUUAGCUCAUUGAUUCAAACAUUGCGAGUAAGUACUGAAGUAUUUAUGUCUAUCAGAGACCAUACAACAGCAUUUAGAGCAUUAAUUUCUAUUUUGUAUGGGAUGACUGUUCUUGGUAGACAAAUCAUGACACUCAAGAAAACACACUAAUGGGUUUUGUUUUCUGUAUGUGCAUGCACAGCUUUUUUUGCCAUCUAAUUUGUCUUUGGCUUUGUGCAACUGGCUUGAUAUUAUGAAUACAAUUCAAAUAUUGUAUGAUUCUUUUCAAUAAAUGAAA